AAAAAGGUGUAGCCACGGUCACCAAAGGAAGUAUUGAACCUUGCACUUUAUAAUAGAUACAUCUCGCGUAGAAGAGAAACAGUGGUUAUUGUUGUGUGAACGCAAACAUUACUGCACGGUACAGUACAUUUGUUAAAUCUAUAGCUAGCUUGUUCCGUGAACUUUCAAGUGGCAUAGUAAUCAAAGCUGUUAGCUAAUGUUAGCUAGUUGCUAACUAGGCUAGCCAGCGGUAGAUUCCUAUGUUUGCACGACCAGAUGUUGUAGCCAUGAGAGUUAGCUAUCUAUUUACUAAGAACAUUCUAAUCUUUCACCAUUACUGUCAUACAAUCACAUUGAGACAUUUUACCUAAAUAAACAUAGCUAUGUAACGUUAUGUUGUUAGCUAUGCGUUUACAGUCAGAGAGGUAUAGGCUAUGUUCUUGUACUAGCUAGGCAAUCAAUGUUCUGGGAAUACUGUCUAUCCUAGGAUGCUCAAGUCCCAACAUGCCCAAGUACAGCGGGGCAGCAGGUGCCCCUUGAAGAUUGGCCCGUCUAAUAAAUGAGAAAAAGAAAGGUGUUAGGAUUUAAAUUGAACACCUUCACAAAACAAGGUCCCCCCUGAGAGAAGAGGUGUGAGAUGGAGAGGAAGAAGAAGAAGAAGAAGAAGAAGAGAGAAUGGAGGAGAGGAAAAGGACAAGAGAAAGAGGUGGAUGAGAAUCAAGCCGGUGGUGGAGAGACGGGGACUGGAGGACGGGGAGAUGGAACUGUGGAGACGGGACAGAUGAGGAAUAAGAGUGUCAAUAGAACAACACACCUUCCCUUAGAUAAGAUGGCCCAUCAUCUUGGAGAGGAACUGUCAUGUAGGGAAGCACAGACUGAGGGAGAGACUGCUAGUAUGUCGGCAAUUAGAAACAAAGAAGAAGGUGGAAUUCAAAUGGGGAUGAUGAUGAUGAUGAAGGACAUGAGUAAAGGACUGAUAACAGUCAUGGACCAAGAUGAUGAUGAUGAUGAUGAUGACCCUGCCUCCAUCCCUCCUCCUCCCUCUAUCUCUCCAUCUCUAUCCGUCAGCCUCAUGGACACCUGGCCUCCCUCCAUCUCCACCCUCUCAUCCCCCUCUCCCUCCCUCCUCCCUCCUCCUCUCUCCUCCUCUUUCUCUCCCGUCCCGUCCCUCACCCCUCCCCUGCCCCCGUCCGUAGAGCUGUGUGCGGUGCUCACCGACACUAGACUGACUCUGGACGUGUACCAGGGUGGGGCUGCUGUGCUCCAGUUGCUAUGGGUGUCUGUCCCUGGGCAGCUGAGGGGCCUGCAGUACCUCCGACUGGGCUCGGAGGACAGGGGGGCGCUAGAAGGAGCCCUGGAUGUCCUACCGCACCUCACAGAGCUACGCUCACUGGCUAUCAGAGGACACUGUUUCCAUGAUGCCCAUGGUGACCCCCUCCCCGGCCUCCUCACCUCUCUCCCUCCCUCUCUCUCAUCCCUUUCUCUCCUCGUCCACCUGGACCUCUCCUUCAACCACCUUACCUCCUUCCCCCCCUGCCUCCUCACCCUCCCCCUCCUCUCCACCCUCCUCCUGGGUCACAACCACCUCACUGAUCUCCCCCCCUCCUUCGGUCCUCUCCCUGCCCUCCGCUACCUCUCUUUCCUGGGGAACCGUCUGGCCUCUCUCCCCCCCAGCCUGGGCCAGUUGAGGACCCUCCAGACUCUGGAUGUCUCCUAUAACCUCCUGGAGACAUUACCUGAGGAGAUAGGUGCACUAGAGGAGCUGGUUAAACUGGAGCUGUCACACAACAGGCUAAAGAGGCUCCCUGAGACCAUGGGCUGUCUCCUGUCUCUCAGGGACCUGGUGAUCCACAGUAAUGACCUGCGUGUUCUCCCCAUCUGUCUGGACAAACUGGAUAAGCUAAAGGUAGACGUGAGGAACAACCCCCUGGGAAGACCCCCGACCCCUCCACCACUACCACCCACACCUGACCAGGUGGAAACACGCAUUCCAGAGCUGCACCUUGGACUGAAUCAACACAGGUUCUGUGUGUCAUCUGCUGGUUGUCAUGUGUUCCUCCCAGGGGGGGCAGAGCUACUGUUUCCCUCGGGUUGCCUAGCGACAACCACCAGACUGCAGUGGGCGGAGCGUAUGCCAGAUAAGAAAUGGGUGUGGCUAGAGGAGCAUGACUUCCUGCUGAGUCGACCACUGGAACUCCUCCCACACAGGAUCACCUUUUUAAAGCCUGUGGAGGUGUGUGUGCCGUACCACCGGUCCAGGAGAGGGGAGGUGGUUGUGAGGAGGUUUGAUGGACAGCAGUGGAGUACACUAUCCACUGAGACCAGGAGGGGCAGUAUAGGACACAGCAUCCACCCUGGGGGACGACCCGCCAGGCUGGCCUGCGUAUCAGUGAUCCAGUUCUCCUGGUUUGUGGCAGUGGGUCGUCCAGUCAGGGACAGUUGCUCUGUGACACCAGAGGGGGCGCUGUUGGUGUCACGUACGGACGCAGGCAUCAAACUCACCUUCCCCCCUGCCUCCACUGUCCAGACCCGGACCAUCACUCUACAGGUGUUACAGGUGUCUGUCUCUGAGGUCCAGGCGUUGUGUGGAGACCCUCAGACAAGAGUCAGUCCCCUCCUCUGUCUCUCUCAGGACCCCAGCAUGCAAUUCCUCCAGCCAAUCAAGGUGCAGGUCCCUCUGCCAACUGGACUCACAGGUCAUACAGUAGACUUGUCCUGUCUCCACCUGCUCCAUGGAGACCCCAGCGCCCACACCUGGACAGACAUCACCUCACAGGUGUCUCUCUAUGUCACACACCUCUACGCUAUCUUCUACAUCACUCACUUCUCCUGGUACUGGCUUUGGUACACUACACAGCGCUGUGUUAGUGGUGUGGUCCGUAGGGUCUACCAGAGACUGAAGCAAUUUCAGGUCCAGUUUCUGGUGCUACAGAGGAGAACGGACCCCAAACAGGUUCUGCUACAGUGCCUGCCUGCUGACAAGGUGGACAACAGAGUACAGUCUCUAUCAGAGCAGUACGACGGCCCACAGCCCUCAGACCUGUGUGACCUGCUGGAGGGAGAGCAGUUCUUCGCUGGCUUCGAGAGGGGCCUAGACGUCAGCGCAGACAGACCAGACUGUGCAGAAGGGAGACUGUCUUUUGUGUUCUACUCUCGGUUGAGGAAUCUCAAAGAGGUGUACGUCUGUCCUGCACAGAACCAGGAGGGGCCCGUCAGGGGACAGGUGUCGUUCUACCGAGGUGAGGUUCCCAGUGACCUACCAAAGGAAGUGGCCAGGAAAAGGAAAGGACACGACAGCCAAUGGCUGGCCACCUUACCACUCAGACUUCCUGGCCUAAACUCAGAGGGUGGCAGUAAUGGCAUGGACUGGGAGAAGCCCCAGUACCCUCCGCUGAACCUGGGAGACCCAGAGAGCGGGUACCUGACGGAGGCUAACCUGCUGGCCAUCUCCCUGCAGAUCGGACAGGACUGGAGGUCCAUCGGCAUCAACCUGGGAAUCAGCUACCAGGAGCUGGACCGCAUACAGUUCAAAUACAGAGACAACCUAGGGGCCCUGGUGUUGGAGAUGCUGUUCCACUGGGCCCGGGGCCAGCAGCAGCAGGAGGGUGUUGGGUCGCGUCCCGCUGGAGGUCCAGGCCAGCAGGGUAUGGGUGCAGUGCCCAGGUUGGUAGAUGCCAUGGUGGAGAGCGGCAGGAGGGACCUGGCUGAGGAGAUUAAAGACAUAGUGAGUCUAGGAACCCGGAAGUAUAAAGAGUCACUGAGGAGGGUGGGCCUAGAAGAGGAGGAGGAAGAGAGGCCCUCAACAGACACAAAUCCUCCACCUUCACACUGAGGAGAGUGUCCUACAGGAAGAGACCACCUCACCUUCACACUGAGGAGAGAGUCCUACAGGAAGAGACCACCUCACCUUCACACUGAGGAGAGUGUCCUACAGGAAGAGACCACCUCACCUUCACACUGAGGAGAGAGUCCUACAGGAAGAGACCACCUCACCUUCACACUGAGGAGAGUGUCCUACAGGAAGAGACCACCUCACCUUCACACUGAGGAGAGUGUCCUACAGGAAGAUACCACCUCACCUUCACACUGAGGAGAGUGUCCUACAGGAAGAUACCACCUCACCUUCACACUGAGGAGAGUGUCCUACAGGAAGAGACCACCUCACCUUCACACUGAGGAGAGAGGGCCUGCCCUAGCGGAGGAAGAGGAGGAGGAAGUACAGAGAGUUCCUCAACAGACACAGAUCCUCCCUUCACACUGAACCCACUGACAAAGGAAGAAUAGAGGGUCAUUGAGGAAGAGGAGGAGGAGGAGACCACCUCCAUGUCUACAGACUGAACCAACAGACUGGGGGGGGAGGAGUAGGAGGAGACCACCUCCAUGUCUACAGACUGAACCAACAGACUGGGGGGGGAGGAGACCACCUCCAUGUCUACAGACUGAACCAACAGACUGGGGGGGGAGGAGACCACCUCCAUGUCUACAGACUGAACCAACAGACUGGGGGGGGGAGGAGGAGGAGACCACCUCCAUGUCUACAGACUGAACCAACAGACUGGGGGGGGGGGGGGAGACCACCUCCAUGUCUACAGACUGAACCAACAGACUGGGGGAGGAGGAGACCACCUCCAUGUCUACAGACUGAACCAACAGACUAAUUAAUUACAAUAUGAGUGAAAUAGUUUUCCCUCUAAAAAAAAAUGGUAUUUAAAUAUGUUAAAAUGCAGCUUUUCUGUGUUGGAAUGGUGUGGGCAUUUUCCCAACAACAGAAUGGUGUGGGCUUAUAUGGUCAUUGAAAAUCUACACGCGAGUAGGCGCUGAUUGGAUAUAGCUAUUGAAACUGUCUGUUUGAGUUGGGGUUUUAACGGGUUCUGUCUCCAAUUUAUACUCUGGCCACAAAUCCACGUAUAGGACGAGUCAACAACAUUAUUUGGGUAUGAGUUAACAGAAUAUGAACUUUUAAAUGUGAGAUUUUGACUGGACAGUUACUUGAAGCCCAUGGAAAGUAUCAGGCCGGACCAACCGGUGCUGCAGUGGAAAAAACACCAACAACUGAGUGACUCAGCUGCCGUGCUCGAGAACAAGACCGUCAGCUGUAGAGAGACAUGGUCAGGCUGAGAACAAGACUGUCAGCUGUAGAGAGACAUGGUCAGGCUGAGAACAAGACCGUCAGCUGUAGAGAGACAUGGUCAGGCUGAGCUGACCGUCAGCUGUAGAGAGACAUGGUCAGGCUGAGCUGACCGUCAGCUGUAGAGAGACAUGGUCAGGCUGAGAACAAGACCGUCAGCUGUAGAGAGACAUGGUCAGGCUGAGAACAAGACCGUCAGCUGUAGAGAGACAUGGUCAGGCUGAGCUGAGAACAAGACCGUCAGCUGUAGAGAGACAUGGUCAGGCUGAGAACAAGACCGUCAGCUGUAGAGAGACAUGGUCAGGCUGAGCUGACCGUCAGCUGUAGAGAGACAUGGUCAGGCUGAGAACAAGACCGUCAGCUGUAGAGAGACAUGGUCAGGCUGAGAACAAGACCGUCAGCUGUAGAGAGACAUGGUCAGGCUGAGAACAAGACCGUCAGCUGUAGAGAGACAUGGUCAGGCUGAGAACAAGACCGUCAGCUGUAGAGAGACAUGGUCAGGCUGAGCUGAGAACAAGACCGUCAGCUGUAGAGAGACAUGGUCAGGCUGAGAACAAGACUGUCAGCUGUAGAGAGACAUGGUCAGGCUGAGCUGACCGUCAGCUGUAGAGAGACAUGGUCAGGCUGAGAACAAGACCGUCAGCUGUAGAGAGACAUGGUCAGGCUGAGCUGAGAACAAGACCGUCAGCUGUAGAGAGACAUGGUCAGGCUGAGCUGAGAACAAGACCGUCAGCUGUACAGAGACAUGGUCAGGCUGAGAACAAGACCGUCAGCUGUAGAGAGACAUGGUCAGGCUGAGAACAAGACCGUCAGCUGUAGAGAGACAUGGUCAGGCUGAGAACAAGACCGUCAGCUGUAGAGAGACAUGGUCAGGCUGAGCUGACCGUCAGCUGUAGAGAGACAUGGUCAGGCUGAGCUGACCGUCAGCUGUAGAGAGACAUGGUCAGGCUGAGAACAAGACCGUCAGCUGUAGAGAGACAUGGUCAGGCUGAGAACAAGACCGUCAGCUGUAGAGAGACAUGGUCAGGCUGAGAACAAGACCGUCAGCUGUAGAGAGACAUGGUCAGGCUGAGAACAAGACCCAGCUGUAGAGAGACAUGGUCAGGCUGAGAACAAGACCGUCAGCUGUAGAGAGACAUGGUCAGGCUGAGAACAAGACCGUCAGCUGUAGAGAGACAUGGUCAGGCUGAGCUGAGAACAAGACUGUCAGCUGUAGAGAGACAUGGUCAGGCUGAGCUGAGAACAAGACUGUCAGCUGUAGAGAGACAUGGUCAGGCUGAGAACAAGACCGUCAGCUGUAGAGAGACAUGGUCAGGCUGAGCUGAGAACAAGACCGUCAGCUGUAGAGAGACAUGGUCAGGCUGAGAACAAGACCGUCAGCUGUAGAGAGACAUGGUCAGGCUGAGAACAAGACCGUCAGCUGUAGAGAGACAUGGUCAGGCUGAGAACAAGACCGUCAGCUGUAGAGAGACAUGGUCAGGCUGAGAACAAGACCCUGAACUAUUUCAGCCCUGCUCAGCUGCAGAGAUGGUGGCCCACACUAGGAACAGAUGGCUGUCUUACACUUGACUAACUUGGACACCCGCCAAGUACCAUAACCCAACCACCAGCCAUUCAGCUGAUCUAAUGGUAGCUGUUAUAACUGUAGCACAGAGAAAGAAGGAAAACUAAAAAUGCUGCUGACAGGGUUGGGGUCAAUUCCAUUUCAAUGACUGUCAAUUCAGGAAUCACACUGAAAUUCUAAUUCUCUUCAAAGUUUUCAAUUAGGAAAAUGUGGAAUUUUGAAUUUUGUUUACUUUCUGAAUUCACUAGAAUUGAAAUGGAAUUGACCCCAACCCUGGUUGUUGGACUGGUGUUCUAUUCACAUUCAUGGUUGCUGUCACCUCCUAUUGCACAAUGUGUGCUUGACUUGCUGAUACACAGACCAAUGAAUUAAUGGACUCUUCACUCUUGUGUUCUUGUCCUGUUAUUUGUGGCAUCAUUCCUGUCAGAUAUACAAUAUGCACAUGUCGAAAUCUUUGUAAACCUCUGUUGCCUCUAAACUGAACCCGUGAAGUGAUUCAUUUGUGAUGUUAUGAUAUGCCUAAGAGAUGUAUAUCUCUACCUGUGUUAUUAUAUUUAUUUAUACUGAAAUGUUCUGUAAGUAAACCAUGAUGAUGA